AAAUGGAAGCAAACAGUAAGCUACAAUUCGUAAGUUCCCCUGAUGUCCCGCGAUCCUCAGAUCGUGUGAUUCUGGAGUAUGUGUUCGCGAACCACACUAACUACCAGUUCUGGAGUAAAGUAAGAGUAUUGGACACCGAACCCAAGACAGUCCAGGAUUGUCCUGUCUGGGAUAAUUAUAUGUGGAACAACAUAAACCAGGACGAUUCUGAAUUGUUUGACAUGAUAAUGAAGCCAGUGGCCAUGUUUGAAAAUCCAUUCCUGAAAAGUCCACAUAAACUGGUUCUCUGUGACAUGUGGCUAACACUGGACAAACCUGCAGGAAUUAACACGAGAGUUCAAUGUGUUGAGACAAUGGAGAGACUAAAGUAUGACCCAGUAACGGGACACCGACCCAAAGAGUCCCAUGACCCGUGGUUUGGUAUAGAGCAGGAGUACGUAGUAAUGAGAGAUGACGGCAAGCCAACCAGUUAUGACCCAAGAACAUACGACUACUCAUCACUCAUUAUCUACUGCAGUAUUGGACAUGAACACGACAGGAAUGUUGGACUGGAAAGGGACUUGUCACUCAAACACUUACAAGCCUGCAUCUAUGCUGGUAUUCAUGUCAGUGGAUGUAUACGGGAAAACGGACCGUCUCAGUGGGAGUAUCAGGUCGGGCCAUGCCCCGGGGUCACGGUGGGGGACCACCUACAGAUGUCCCGUUACAUCUUACUGAGACUAGCGGAGAUGUACGGUUUUAGGGUUACCCUGAAAGCUGCCCCAGUCAGUGGAGAGGCCUUCUUUUCUGGUGGACAUUUGAACUUCAGCGUCAGAAAAAUGAGGGAAAAAGACGGAAUUAAAUUUAUACAGCAUGCAGUUGAAGUAUUGUCUAAAUCUGAUCCUUUGCCGCUGUUGCGACUAUACGACCAAACUCUUGAGAAAGACAACUCUGAGAGAUUAGCCAAUAAGUCGGGACACUGGCAUCCUAGGCAGGACGACUUCGUGGUGGACGGAGAAAAUAAGGUUUUCACCACAAUCAGGAUUCCUCCCCUCGUGACAGCGGAGGGGCGAGGCUACAUGGAGGAUCGCAGACCACCCUCCUCUGUUGACCCAUACGCAGCUACCUCUGGACUUGUCCGUGCAUGUAUAUUCGGCGAUUAUUUGAAGCCAGGAAACGAACAUCUGAAAGAUCUUUCAGUAUGGGAUAAAAAUGCAUCUGAACUGAAUUGAUGCAGUAUUUCCGUUGAAGAAUCUCUUAACUACAGUAGAGGAAUAUCGGUAUCACUAACUUCUGGGUGAAUAAAAAAAUUUAUAAGUUAACAAGUGCCUCUUGACUUUGCCAUAUAGCCUAGUAAUAACAGACUGGAUAACCUGACAAUAGCCAUAGGUGAAAUCGAACCUGUUCACAGUACACUGUACACAGCUAUAAGUAAUCAGUAUCAAAACUUGCAUAUAAUCGGAGUGUGAAAAUUGUGUAAUUUUAAACUUGAAUAUAAAUUUAAAAAAAAAUUGGAGGGAAAAAAAAACUAUGCAAAAAUUUUAAUAACAUUUACAUGUUUUUAAAAUUUCAAUGAAGGAUCCUAAAAGCGAGCUCUUGAAAUAUGAAUUCAUUAUUCAGUGUUCGAGAUAAGGUCUUUAUUUUUGUGAUUUUUUAGGUUAAGGUGGGGGUAGGGGGUCAGAAAAUAUGGACAAAAUGAUUUUAUGAACUUUACUAAAAUGUCCGGUUGAGUAAUGCAUAAUAUAAAUAUCUGAUAAAACGUGUCAAGCAGAGUCAAAUAGAUCUAGAUUAAUUUAAUCUAAUUUUGUUGAUAUUUUUUAAAGCUAUGUCUUUGCCCUUAUUUUAUGGGGAAGGGGGUGUGGCAGCCUCAAGCCCCCACUUUAUUCACGUGUACAUCCACUGAUCCCUGGGCAAAAACUUGAAACAACUGUGUACAUGCAUAUAGCUAUCAGGUUUAGUCUUCAAAUAUUUCCUAAUGCAGAUAUAUUUUUCAAUUUCUUGAUAAAUAAUGUAUUUUAUCUACAAGAAAUAUUACACUUACCAUAUAUUAAAUUUAAUUUUGGUGCUCAU